AUGAUGCUGUUCAUCCUCCUGGCCUGUAGAGGGCGUGUGUUCCUCACGGGGUUUGAAUUGAUAAACGGAAUCGUAGGAAGAGCAAAGCCGUUGUUCCUUUCACUUGGUGUGGUUUUGAUUCCUGAUCCAAAGGACUUGUUUCUGCUCCUCUUUGUUGGAGGACAGUCGACUGCGCGCCAUCCGGCGAGAAUGGCAGAAGCUGAUCGCCCUGGAAAAUUAUUCAUUGGUGGUCUGAACACCGAGACCACCGAGGAGGCCUUGGAGCAGUACUUCAGCAAGUAUGGAAGGAUUGUCGAAGUUAUCUUGAUGAAAGACCGUGAAACGAACAAGUCACGUGGUUUUGCAUUUGUUACAUUUGAGAGACCAGCUGAUGCAGAGGAUGCCGCCUGUGAAAUGAAUGGAAAGUCCCUUGAUGGAAAGAAUAUUAAAGUAGAACAAGCUACAAAGCCCCAGUUUGAGAGUGCUGGCAGAAGAGGGCCGCCUAUGCACCGUUCUCGCGGUGCACCCAGAGGUGGUCGAGGGUCCAGGGGAGGAAUGAGGGGGCCUCCUUCAAGAGAUUAUUAUGACUCUGGUGACAAUGAGCCCUAUUCCCGUGGCCCUCCAAUGAAGCGAGGGCCCCCAGUUCGAAAUGGAGGGCCACCACCAAAAAGAUCUGCCCCUUCAGCCCCAAUGUCGAGGGGAAGAGAUUCAUAUGGACCGCCUCCUCGUCGAGACUCUAUGAUGUCCAGGAGGGAUGACUAUCCUUCUCCAAGAGACGACCAUUACAGCUCUAAGGAUAGCUACUCAAGUAGAGAGUACAACUCCAGAGAUUCAAGGGAUUAUGGCCCUCCACCGAGAGACAGCUACUACCGUGAAUAUUCUAGUUCAAGAGACGACUACGGCUCAAUGUCCCGUGGAUACAGUGACCGUGAUGGCUACGGAGGGGGUAGAGAACCUCGUUACAUGGAGCGCAGUGGUGGCUCCUAUAGAGAUUCAUACGAUGGUUACGGUAACUCUCGCAGCGCCCCACCCUCAAGGGGGCCCCCACCAUCCUAUGGUGGCAGUGGUGGAAGCAGUCGUUAUGAUGACUAUGGCAGCAGUUCCAGGGAUGGAUACGGAAGUCGUGACAGUUACCCCAGCAGUCGGAAUGACUCGUAUGCACCUAGUCGUGAGCGUAUGGGCCGACAGGACAGGGGCCCAGCCCCACCUGUCAACUCGGGCUAUCGCAAUUCAUACAGCGGCUCGAGUCGUGGCCGCGGCAACCAAUCUGAUGGAGGAAUGGCCCGCAGCAGAUACUAA